AUGUCUGCAUCAACAUCCCUAAGUCUACAAGAUUUGCAUGAUGGUCUCUGUCCUUAUCUACAAGAAAUUAUUUCAGCAAAGCUGAAGCCGCACAUUCUUCAUCUUUCGCAGUAUUCACAGAAUCCUUUUAUCAAGCAGAAUUGGCUCAGCCGAUAUCCAAUCCUUACAUAUGAAAAUAUAUUCUAUAAGAAAUCAAAAAUCUUCGUACAAGCACCCGGUAGUGAUGAGAUAUUCGAAAAGCGGUGUGUCAUCUAUGCAGAGAACUUCACUUUCCAUGAAUGUUUCACAAAGAGCACACUGGAUGAAAUGCGAGAACUGCGUAAGAGGGUUCGCAUCAAAGGCCCGGUAGUGGUUCUGAAGAAAUCAUUUGAAUGCUCAGUUGAUAACCUGCAGGAACUAUUUGAGAUUGUUGAAGCCCAAGGCUUAACCUUAUAUGGGCCUCAUAAGAUGGGAGACAUUUUAUCUCUACCCGCUGUUUCGAAGGUGAGUUGA